UCAAAAAGCCCACUUCAUCCCAUUUCUCUGUCAGUUUUGUUGUUUCUUGAUUUUCCUGUUUCUCUCUGUUUUUUAUCUUGUUCUGUGUCUAAUAUUUCUGGUUUUCACAUUCUCUGGGCUGUUGAGAAACCAUGAAGUCCAGGUCCAAGUGUGGAUAAAAGAGUUUGGCAAAGAGAGCUUAGCAUGAAAAAGAAAGCCAGUGAGCUCUCCACCCUGUUCAAUGUCCAGGUUUGCAUGGUUUUUUCUGGGGUUGAUGAUGAUGGAGAUUUUGAAGUGUGGCCAGUGCGAAAAAACAAAGCCAAAGAUAUUCUCAUGACCCACAUAGAAGCCUCAAAAAUUAAGGAAAAUGUUGAAGAAGAAAAUGAAGCAUUCAUAGAGAUUGAUUCCGAGCAGAUCAAAAAUCAAAAAUCAAUAAUAAAGUGGGAUGAUGAGGAAUUGAACAAGUUGUCCAAGGAUUCUUUGCUGGCUUUAUCAACAUACUUGGAUGCCAAGAUUCAAGCUUUGGAUGAGAAAAUUGAGUUUAUGAAACAACAAAAAGCUAUUCAGGGAAAUUCUACCUCAACAAAAUGAAUGGAAAAGCAGCACAAGAAAAUGGGUGCUUGAAGACUGCCACAAACAGAGAUAACAUAAGAGAAAUUAAGAAGCAUAUAUAGGAUUUUGAAGAAACUUGGAUAAACUUUGGAGAAAUUGCAUGGGAUGCUAAUAAUAGUGGUGCAUAUUUUCUUUGUGUGUUGCUCUUUUUCAUGAUCUUCUAGAGAAGUGCAUUUUUUUUUCUUUUUUCUUUUUUCUUUUUUCUUUUUUUUUUUUUUUUUUUUGGUACACCAACUGUAUAUUCUGGACCAAUUUGUGUAAGAAAGCUAAAAUCCAUAUCUAGUUUGACAUUUAUACUCAUAGUAGUGCAAAUCUUUCUGAUAUGCUCUGCAAAACCAAUUCU